AGAGCCGUCGUGGCCCGAGACUUUUGCCACUAUUUCUUCGGACCACUUAUUUUUUUAAUGUCUCACGCAGGCUUCCCCAUCCCAAACCCUGCCCAGCGUCAUGACGUUGGACGCAAACCCCGCCCGGCGCCAUGACGACAGCGCCCCAAAAUUCAUCCUCCCCCGUUUUGGGGGGCGGUGUUGGCGGUUUUUCGGACCAAUCAGGCUUUUUUUGGGGGGCGGGUCUCCUGGCCACCCCGAGCUGAGCCUGGGGGGGUGCCGCAGCCGCCUUGUCUCGGCUGCUAGGGACACCUUGGGGGGCAUAGCCCUGCCCCGCUCACGCUGCCCCUGGAGGGCAUUGCCUUGCCCCACUCACGCUGCUCCGGGGGGGCGGGGUCUUGAGUGACUUAGCCUUGCCCCACUGUUUCUUGGGGUGCAGCCCGACGGGUUCAACCCUGCCCCAGCCUCGCAGCUGCUAGGUAGCGCCGGCUGGUGGGGGUCAGUGCCCCUCGCUCCCCAGUGCCUCGUUCCCGUACGGCGGAAGGAGCUGGCGAUGGACAUAUUCGGAGACCUGCGGCGAAUGAACAAGCGCCAGCUAUAUUACCAAGUAUUAAAUUUUGCCAUGAUUGUGUCUUCUGCACUUAUGAUAUGGAAAGGUCUGAUUGUCAUCACUGGAAGUGAAAGCCCUAUUGUUGUGGUACUCAGUGGCAGUAUGGAACCAGCAUUUCAUAGAGGAGACCUGUUGUUCUUAACAAAUUUCCAGGAAGACCCUAUCAGAGCGGGUGAAAUAGUUGUUUUUAAAGUUGAAGGCAGAGAUAUUCCUAUAGUCCACAGAGUACUCAAAAUCCAUGAAAAAGAAAAUGGAAACAUCAAAUUUCUGACUAAGGGUGAUAAUAAUGAAGUUGAUGACAGAGGCUUGUACAAAGAAGGUCAGAACUGGCUUGAAAAGAAAGAUGUUGUUGGAAGAGCGAGAGGCUUUUUGCCUUAUGUUGGGAUGGUUACCAUAAUAAUGAAUGACUAUCCAAAAUUUAAGUAUGCUCUUUUGGCAGUAAUGGGAGCAUAUGUAUUACUGAAACGUGAAUCCUAAAACAAGAAGGAAAAUGCCUUGCCCAAGACUGAAGUUAAAACCAUUAGAAAAACUAAUAUAUUUCAAAUGUUCCAAUUUCUUUAUAAGGUUACAGAGAUGUGCAUUUUUUUUGUUUUGUCCAACUAAAUUGUAUGGUUAAUUAAUAAACUUGUUGGCUGUUUA